GGAAUAUGAAAUUCUUUUGUCGUUUGGGAAUACGGGUUUAGGGUUUACCACCCCGCUCUUCUCUGUACCUCUCCGACACCGAUCUCUCUCCUACGAGUAAUCCCUCUCCGACACCGAUCUCUCUGCUACGAGUAAUCCCUCUCCGACACCGAUCUCCCUCUCCUACGACACCAACCCUGCGGGACAAGCGAGGCACGAGCUUCUAGCUGCUCCGAUUUGGUAUUAGUUGCUUGAAUUUGGUACUACUCGCCUCGACCGAGAGAGACCCGUUGUGUCUUGCUUGGAUUGGGGUUUUCGAUUGCCCGGUUGCGGAGGUGAGCUCUCUUUGUGUGAUUGGGGGCCGAUCGGAUUCGCUUUUUUCAGCUACUCGAUCGGGAGCUCGGAGGACACGAAUUCGACGAGCAAAGAGAGAGAGUAACCAUGGCAGUAGCCUCCAUACUAUUCUCACCACCACUAUCCAAAAACUCACCAAACAGGAUACUUCAGAAAUCUCAAGCUCUGAGAAUCUCAUCCGAUUACUCCCAAUUCGAAGUGAGAAAAGUCAGUUACCGACCUCCUGGUACCCAACACAACCUAUUGAAUGAAGUUAGCCUUUCCCUGCCAGAGAAAAGCUUUGGCUUGAUAUUUGGACGCAGUGGAAGUGGGAAAACCACUCUUUUACAGCUUUUGUCGGGAUUGUCCGAACCUACCUCAGGGUCAAUUUAUGUUCAGAGCUAUAGCAAUGAUGGAAAUCCAAAUCAACAUCCUCAGUUGUUGUCACCAGAGAGGGUUGGCAUUGUUUUUCAGUUUCCUGAGAGGUUCUUUUUGGCUGAUACAGUGCUUGAGGAAGUUACGUUUGGAUGGCCAAGACAGAAGGCUGACCUUCUCUUACGGCAACAGCUUGCUUUGAAACUUCAGUAUGCCAUUAACUCGGUUGGUCUGAACACAAUAUCCUUGGAUGAAGAUCCACAUACUCUAAGUGGUGGUUUCAAGCGGCGCCUUGCCCUGGCUAUUCAAUUGGUUCAAACACCUGAUCUAUUGCUAUUAGACGAGCCACUUGCAGGUCUUGAUUGGAAAGCUCGGGCAGAUGUUGUGAAGUUGCUAAAGCACCUAAAGAAGGAUCUCACUAUAUUGGUUGUGAGCCAUGACCUAAAGGAGCUGUCUUCCCUGGUGGAUUUCUCUUGGAGGAUGGAGAUGGGUGGGAUACUAAAAGAAGAGCCUUUACCUGUUUGAUCUGCAUUCGGUCGUAAUCAGUGUACGAAAUACCACUUUUUGGCGGUAAAACUAAUAAGAGAAGAGGGUUACCACUUUUUUGCGCUUAAACCAACAAGAGACGAGGGUUUACUUGAGGGAUUGAAGUUGCCAUGAACUAAAAUGGCUGGGCCUUUUUUUUUUUUUUUUUUUUUUUUUUUUUUUNUUUC